AUGCUGGGUCUAGGGGCCCCCCGCCCAGGGGCCCCCCUGCAGGACUUGGGGGCCCCUGCAGCUCCAGGGGCCCCCCAGAGCCCCUCAGGGGGCCCCCCAGACAGCAACGUCAAAGAACGGAGGAGGGAGGGGCCCCCGAGGGGCCCCACAGGCAGAGGCAGCGGAGCAGGGGGGCCCCUGGGUGUGGGGCCCAGUCGGGGGGCCCCCAGCGAGGCUGCAGCAGCUGGCGCUGCAGCAGGCCUGCAGCAAGGGUUUAGGAGGGGCCCCUCUUCCCGUUUUAUAGGGGCAGGUUUGGGGUCUGUGGCCAACGCAGCAGCAGCAGCACACACUAGCAGCAGCAGCAGCAGCAGCAGCAGCAGCAGGUGCCGCAGCAGCAGCAGCCGCAGCUGUCUUCUCUCUCCGUCUUUCGCCCAAUCUCUCCGUUGCAACGGGCACUUCUUGCCAGCUCGCCUGCCAACGCAGCUUACGGGCCUCCUGCCACAGCAGCAGCAGCAGCAGCAGCAGCAGCAGCAGCAGCAGCAGCAGCAGCAAGCCUUUGCCGUGUCGUUGAGGGCAGCGAAGAUGACGACAGCGACAGCAGCGCCGAGCACGUCGGUGGCGGGUUCGGUCACGGCCACGACGACAGCAGCAGCAGAGAAGCCGCAGCAGCAGCAGCAGCAGCAGCAGCAGCAGCUGCUGCUGCGCCCCACAAAAGCCCCCAAGGAAAAAAGAAGACUCGACUACAAACCCACGGACUUCCUCAUUGACAAUGUGGACCUUUGCUUCCAGCUCGACGCCGACGAGACAGUGCCAGUGCUGCCGGUUCACCAGCCCCCACCUCAGCAGCAGAAGCAGCAGCAGCAGCAGCAGCAGCAGCCUCCCUGGCGGUCCCGAGCAGCAGCCGCGGCACCCCCACAUCCCCCCCUCACCAGCAGCAGCAGCAGCAGCAGCAGCAGCAGCAGCAGCAGCAGCAGCAGC